UUUUUUUUUUUCUCGAAAGUGAGCCGCUGAGAUUUGUCCUGCUUGUUUCUCCUUCGUGGAGAAUAAACCCGCGGACACCUCUCGUGAGGGGAAACAACGCAGUGGGACUGUUUGCGCGUUUGUUGUGUUAUUUUUUCGUCUUUUGUGGGGCUGCGUCUGCGGGGCUUUUUAUUUUUGUGUGUGUGUCGUUUUUUGGGGGAAAAAGCUGGGACGACAACACAUCCGAUUCCAGUGUGGAAUUGUAGAUAUGCGCUUUGUUACACGCACAACUAUGCCAGCAAGAAGCCCCAGGGAAACGCUGUGUGUGACUGCAGACUUCGACAGCUAACACACCGCGGGACAGACCCACAGUCCUCGGCUGAGCAACUUGUAGAAUGACUUCGGAUCACUUUUGCUGAGAGCCGUCGAGAGUGAUCCACAUUUCCCUCCUGCGCUGAAACCCCCAAAAAACAACAAACGGACGGGAAAAAAAGUUUUGGGGAAUUGGCCCAAAACUUUUUAUUUUUGUGCGCCCCCGACUGAACGCGUCUGUUUCGGAUUUUUACGCACAGAAGUGAAAGUUCGCCGAGUGUUUUGGCACAAUGGAUCCCGGCCAGCACCAGCCUCCGGCCGGACACCAGAUCGUCCAUGUCCGCGGGGACUCCCAGACCGACCUGGAGACGCUGUUCAGCGCCGUGAUGAACCCGAAAGGAACCAUCAUACCCCAGUCCGUGCCCAUGCGGAUGAGGAAGCUGCCCGACUCCUUCUUCAAACCUCCAGAACCAAAGUCCCAUUCCAGACAAGCCAGUACCGACGCUGGGAGUGGUGUGGCCCUCACCCCCCACCAUGUCCGCGCACACUCGUCCCCGGCCUCCCUUCAAUUGGGAGCCAUUUCCGGCGGCUCCCUGGUCGGCAUGGCCCCGGCCGGCUCCCCGGGACACCUCCGUCAGUCCUCGUACGAGAUCCCUGACGACGUGUCCCUUCCCCACGGCUGGGAGAUGGCGAAGACCAGCUCCGGCCAGAGAUACUUCCUCAAGCAAAGCGCUGCUCCAGAUGAACCAGGUUGCUGCUCCGCCCAACUCCCUGCCGGUCCAGCAACAGAAUCUUAUGACCCCAGCUAGUGGUUCUCUCCCUGACGGCUGGGAACAAGCUAUUACGUCAGAGGGAGAAAUCUACUACAUCAACCACAAGAACAAGACCACAUCCUGGCUCGACCCGCGACUCGACCAACGCUACGCCCUGAACCAGAGGAUCUCCCAGAGUGCUCCGGGGAAGGCCGGCCAGCUGCCCCCCAGCAUCCACAGCGCAGUCAUGGGCAGCAACAAUCAGAUGCGGCUGCAGCAGAUCGAGAAGGAACGACUGCGGCUGAAGCAACAGGAGCUGCUCCGGCAGAGACCACAGGAGCUCGCUCUGAGGAACCAGCUGCCGACCAGUAUGGAGCAAGAUGGCAGCACGAACCCAGUGUCCUCUCCCAUGGCCCAGGACGCCCGCACCAUGACUGCCAACAGCUCCGACCCAUUCCUCAACAGCGGGACUUACCACUCCAGGGACGAGAGCACAGACAGCGGAUUGAGUAUGAGCAGCUACAGCGUCCCUCGCACUCCAGACGACUUCCUCAACAGCGUGGAUGAGAUGGACACAGGGGACUCUCUUCCGCCCUCCAUGGGGUCGCAGCCCAGCCGCUUCCCCGACUACCUGGACGCCAUCCCGGGGACGGACGUGGACCUGGGCACCCUGGAGGGGGAGAGCAUGGCGGUGGAGAGCGAGGAGCUGAUGCCCAGUCUGCAGGAGGCGCUGAGCUCCGACAUCCUCAACGACAUGGAGUCCGUGCUGGCCGCUACCAAGAUCGACAAGGAGAGCUUCCUCACCUGGUUAUAGAAGGCCCAGACCGGGGUGGUCUCUCUACACUCUGGAACUGCUGCCUGCUCUGAUCUGUGAAGGAGUCCUAGAUGCCUUUUUUACAAGACGUUUCAGCGAGGCCUCUCUGGACGUCUGUCUCGGGGCCAGAACCUCCUUUUUAAAAUUUUCUCCGAGGCAGCGUCGCUCUGUUCCUCUUCUUCUCUUCACUGGUGUGUGUCGUCUCUUUUUACUUUUGUCUGUGUCUUCAAGGCUGGCCCAUGAACAGACAAUUACGCAAGGGUCCCCGAAUCUUUCACAGCUCUGUCCGUGAAUCUAGGGCAUCGCCACCUAGGGCAGGGGUCGCCCCACCCCCCCCACCCCCCCACCCACCCUACCACCCCUCAGAGCGGAGCUGGGCACGUCCUCCUCUGCAAAGACUGCUCACCCCUUAUCGCCCGGGGGUCUGCGGCGCCUCCUUUUUUUUAAUUUCUUGCAGCACUACUCCACUGUGUUUGGGACUAUUUGCAUCCAGCUUAAGUAGCUUUGUAUUUUGGCCUUGUAAGUUUCUUUUUCCUUUUUUUUAUUUUUGUUUGUUAUUCAACGAGCCUGAAAAACCAAAAAUGAUGUAUUCAAAAAAAAAAAAGAAAGCAAAAAGACUAAACAAUACUGAUUUGGAGUAAAGGCUACGUGUUGGCCCAGCUCGGACAUGAUGGCUUUUGCCGC